AUGGAUCCCCAAAAUGCUGACCAGAAGGUCCCCCGAUGUGAUCUUUGUGAAGAAAAUGUUGCACAGAUGUACUGUAGUUUUUGUCCUACGAAUCUAUGUAAGCUAUGUGUCGGAGAACACAUUUCUGAUGUCUAUAGUAAGCAUAAUGUGGUACCCCUAAAUAUGAGAAAAUCUACGCUUCUGUACCCUCAUUGUAAAAUCCAUUCUGAAGAGCACUGUGAAACUCUUUGUGAAGACUGUAACAUUCCAGUAUGUUCCAAAUGUGUCGCAUCUAUCAGGCAUGAAAGGCAUCAGUUUGUAUGUUUAAAAGCCUUAGUGAACUUCAAGAAAAAAUGCAUGGAGAAGGAGAAAAUGCAAUUGCAAGAAACGAUUAUCUCAUCAUUAAAAGAAAUUGUUUCCGAUUUAAAAUCCGAGUUAGGGGGCAUAGAUGGAAAAUAUGAAAAACUUACAUCAGAUGUUACAAAACAUGGAGAAGAUUGGCACAGAGAAAUUGACAUGGCUAUAAUAAAAAGGCAGACUGAAAUUCAGGAGAUGAGAGAUAAACACAAAGAUACUCUGACAAAGCAAUUAAAUGUAAUUGAGAAACUGAUUUCUGAUGUCAAAGAAUCUAUAUCUAAAAUUGAAAAAGUUCUUCACUCAAAUGAACUUUUAGAAUCGUUGUCUUUUGAAAUUGGAUCAGAUGAAUCUAUUAAAUUUCCACCUAAACUGAAUGUGAAACUUCCAGGAUUUACCCCACAAAAUAUUCAAGGACAGUGUUUACAGUUAUUUAGUAUUUUAUCACCGUUAUCUAUCACUUCAGAAGAACAUGGCUAUACAAUAAAAACACCUAGAAAUCUUUCUUCUCCUCCAGUCAAACCACUACUUGAUAUACCAAAGGUCAUCAUUACCAUAGAAACUGGAUAUGGUGAUGUAUAUCAUAUUACCUGUUUUAGUGAUGAAGAAUUUUUCACGCACGGGGAUGAUAAAACCAUUAGACUGUACAACAUCGAGGGAAAGCUGCUGAAGUCAAUCCAAACAAAGUCAGAGAACGAACCAGCUGAUAUAACAGUGAUAAGAAGAGGAGACGUUGUAUAUUCUGAUGCCGGUACAAGAACUGUAAACAUUGUGAAGAAUAGAAAAAUAGAUGAAGUGAUAAGACUUUAUGACUGGAUACCCCACAAUAUCUGCAGUAUUUCCUGUGGUGACCUUCUUGUUUUCAUGUCCACUGAGGAUAAACAAAAAUCAAAAGUAGUCCGGUACUCUGAUUUCAAAGAGAAACAAAGCUUUCAGGUUGAUGAUCAGGGUAAGCCUUUGUACUCAAUCGGUAACCUUAAACAUAUAAGUGAAAACAGGAACCUAGACAUCUGUGUGGCUGACAAUGGUGCAAAAGCGGUAGUAGUGGUCAACCAAACAGGGAAACUCCGAUUUAGAUACACUGGCCAUCCGUCUCGAGCUAAGAAAUCAUUUGAUCCAGUGGGCAUCUCUACAGACAGUCAAGCACAGAUCCUGAUUGCGGAGUGUGAUAACAACUGUAUUCUCGUCCUAGAUAGGGAUGGAAAGUUCCUCCGUUACAUUGAUAACUGUGAUCUGCUCUAUCCCUGGGGUGUAUGUGUUGACAAAGGAGACAACCUUUUUGUCGCUGAGUCAAGUGGUAAAGUGAAGAAGAUUAAAUAUAUUUAGUAAGAUAUGCACCUUUGGAUGUUCAGCACUAUACAUGGGUGCAUUGUGUAUAAGGUUGCUGUUCAUCUUGAAUAUCUAGGGCAAGGACUUAAAUUGAAAUUUUGCAAGAACUGGGGUUUUGAGAAUUCUACGGCGAACUGUACGCACGUAAUUUACACACAUAUGACAUUAUCCUUGUGUUACCCGUUGUAAAGUGUGUUGCUAAUGCUGAGGGUAACAUUACGAAUUAAAUAACAUUACGAAUAAAAUAGAAUAAAAUAAAUUAUCAAAUAAUUAAAAGAUGACAUUUCUGACAGCAUUUUUGAAAGAAUAUAAAUUUUCCAUGAAAUUAGAAAAAAUUAGAAGUAUCUUGUCUCAGAGCGGGGGAUUGUCCUCGCCUUGUACUCCGUAUUUCUUUGAUAAAAUUUGUUCGUUUGUUCACCAUUUAUUAGCAAGGAUCAAAAUUGGCAUAAUUGGCGAUGUUAAGAUUACUAAGUUGAACACCACCAACAUUUAAAACUGCUAUAUAGAAAAAUGUGCAAUCUCUUUUGGCUGUCAUGGGCAAUACCAUUUAUAUUUCAUAUGAAUGAAUUACCUCUCUGUUGUAAUCUUCACUUUAAUUUUAGAUAUUUGUUAUAGUUAGAUUUGAAAUAUUUAAAAUGUAUUGAUUUUUUUUAUUAAAUGCUGAAAUUUACCUUGUUUUGUUUUGACUGCAAGAUCAGCGUGAUCAACAAUUAACAGGAUUAAGCAAAGUUCAGUAUUUGUAUAGCAAUUCAGGGUAUCAUUAACAACGCCUUAAAAACGAAAUUGAGACCAUUCGCAAAUAAAAUAUUUAUUUUGAAAUUGACCGAAUAUUUUCAUUAUAGGAAAUAAAGCUAAUAUUUUUUUAAAAUUAUAAACGGGAUAUUGAAUUUUACGAUACCGGUAAUAUAUGAAUAAUAUAUGAAUGUUUUGAUAGAUUA